CAUAGUCUACUUCUGGAUAGGCUCUGUGCCUUAGGAGUAAGUGGGACUGUAUUAUGCUGGUUUUCUCCCUGUAGAGCUGAUUCCAGUCAGGAGUGAGAACUGCCCCAUUCGGCCCCUACUAUCUGGGGUCCUGCAGGGUUUGCUACGCUAUCUAAGGAUAAUCUUAUAAGAAGGGGUUGGGGGAGGUCAUCUAUCUCUGUAAGGAGAGGUACAGUCAGUAUGCUGAUGGUACCCAGUCGUGCAUCUUUGUCCCAAAUAAACUAAGCAGUGAUGCUCAUGUCUGGAGGCUGGGGGAGUCUGGAUGGGGGAACCACAUGCUUCAGCAGAAUCCUGGCAAUAUUGAGCCGUUUUGGGUUUUGUAUGUUUCCAGAUUUUGGAGUUUAUCAUCUUUGAUGCUGGAUGGGGCUUGCAUUGUCCCAAACAGACCAUGUGCUCAAUCUGGGGCUCCUCCUAGAUUUGCGACUCCAGAACUGCCCAUUUAUACCUUUGCUUCAUGAGCUGCAUUAGUUGCCAGUUUCCUUUCAGAUUAAAUUCAAGGCACAGUUUUUGACCUUUAAAAUCCUACCUAGUCCAUGGCAUGGGGCCGAAUUGCUUGAAGGACCAUUUGCCUAUCCCAUCUGGUCAGGUGAGAUUCCACGUGACAGCCUGUGGGAAGCGGCUCCAGAAAUACCUUGAAAUUCCAGGAUAUAUCUUUUCUUAUAACUCACGCUGGGUCUACAGGAGAGCUUGUCCAAAUGAGCAAGACAUCACAACAGAACACAGCUGCAGAAACCAAUGGAGUAAGUGUCAUCUAUACCCAAGCGCACACCAGUGGGUUGCAACAAGUUCCUCAGCUGGUGCCCGUUAGUCCUGGAGGUGGGGGCAAAGCUACACCUCCCAGCAAGCAGGGCAAAAAGAAUUCCCUUGUCGAUAGAAACAGUGAUGAAUACCGCCAGCGCCGGGAACGGAAUAACAUGGCGGUGAAAAAGAGCCGCUUGAAAAGUAAACAGAAAGCCCAGGACACCCUCCAGAGGGUAAACCAGCUGAAAGAAGAAAAUGAACGCUUGGAAGCCAAAAUCAAACUCCUUACGAAGGAGCUGAGUGUACUGAAAGAUUUGUUCCUUGAGCACGCCCACAACUUCACAGACAGUGCGCAACCUCUGGGCACAGAAAACUCUGAAGCACAUUCAGAUGGAUCCGGACAAUAGAUAAACUGGGUGGACUUCCCUUGGCCAGCUGAAGAAUAGAAUGGAGACGAAUCUGCUCUAAACUUUGUAUCAUCUCUCGUUUUUGACAUCAUUUUUCAGUAGACUUAUCCCUCUGUUUGAGGCCAGGAAAUUGAACGUUUAUGUUAAGUAUUUGUUUUAAAUUAAGUGUUAAUGUAUUUUCUUGUCGGUUUUUUGAUAAAUGAAAGGAAUAGGGAAACAUCCUCAAAUUAUUGUCACUAAAAUUAGGACUGCAUCAUUUAUUAAAUUAUUUUAAUCUUUUCUGGGCAUGAUGAUUGGGCAAUAAAUACUUUUUUCAAAAUAUAAAUUGUUUUUAAGGUAAGAAUUUACGGACAGUCUCCUCAGUCUCCAGUUUAUCUUGCCCAGGAAGAGGUGCCUCUUUCAAAAUGAUUUCUGCGAGGCACGUGUGCUUCAAAGAAAGUGUGAACAAUCCUCAGAUAUUCAUGUGCAAAUUUACAUACUUCACCAAAAUAUCUUUAUGAAAUGGUUGAAAGCCUUAAAUUAGUUGUUCGGUUGACAGCUUUUUUUUCAGCAGGGUAACCAAUAUCCAUAUACUGAUAAUCAGCUGAAGAGUUGAUUAAAUAAGCUUUAAAAUUUUCCUUUUCUACUUAUUUUGGUAGUGCAUGGCUUAUUUUGUAAUAUAGGUUGGGAUUUUCAAAUAUGUAGUCCAAAUACUUGCUGUGUACAACUCCUGUAGUUGAGGUUUGCUCAGUAGCGGUGCCUAACGAAUUGUUUGGUUAAGGGAAAGGCAGGACAGCUGGCUAACACACCAGGGUCGUGGUUUUCUCCAAGCCCUACCCGAUCUGUGGUCCGAAAAUGGGUCUGCUCUAGGUGGGAGCAUCUUCCACCUUCAUCCCUGUGGCCAAAUGGAAUUGGGCAACUAUAGUGACUAUCAACAAAUAUCUGCUGUAUCUGCAUAGGAAUUUUGUUUUCUUUUUUGGGGGGAGGUAAGGCAGGGUUUCCCCAGCUGCUGCUGCUUUCCAGCAACCCCUCAGUGAGUUGCCUAGAGCAGGGGUCUCCAACCUUGGCAACUUUAUGACUUUUCUUGACAAGUCUUGAAGUUGCCAAGGUUGGAGUCCCCUGGCCCAGUGUGUGGAUGGAAAUUGAGGUCUGCAUACAGGUUCAAGGCUGUCACUUCAUCACCGGAUGGAUUCAUGCAGCUUUAAGCUCCCACAAAGGCAUAAAUGGCCCUAACUCCAUGGUUUUGUGUUUGUGGCUUGUUCCAAGAUCAAUUCUGUUUCAGAGUCACAUUUUCAAGGUUUGCAAUGGUUUGGGGACAGAUAACAUUCAAUAUAAUUGAGAGCUACUUUGGUUUAGUGAUGAAGGCUCGGGAGAGAGUAGAUUCCAGUUCCGCCUUAGACCUGAAAGGCAGCUGAGUGACUUUGGGCCAGUCACUCUCAUUCAGUCCUGGCAUGAAAAUCCAGCUCACUUAACAGAGUUGUUGCUGUGAGGAAGAGAGGAGGAGGAAGGACUAUUAGGUAUGUUCACUGCUUUAUUUAUAAAAAUAAUAAAGGCAGGAUGAGAAAAAACAGAUACCUAGAGUUGUUCUUGAUAGUGAGAUGAGUGGCAUAAAUUUAAUAAAUAAAAUGAAUAAAUAAAUAAAAGCCACAACAGAAGAGCCAUAUCAUGCCCUUCUCCCAUCUUCAGCAAGAUCUUAAUUUUGUAACGACCUAUAGCAGAACUACUUUGCUUUUGAGACUCCAAAAGAGGAGGAUUCCUGACCAGAAGGAAUUCCUUGUUUGAGAAGGGGAAAAAAAUCAAGACCUCACUUACCCAGGUUCAAAUUUAAUUCCACAGUGAACCAAAAAUACGUGAUCAUCUUUUCAACAGUCCAUAAAAUCACAUCUUUUGCUUUAUGGCAAUCAUGUGGCCACAAACAUGAGGCUUUUUGAUGCUUCAAAUGCUGGUGGUAUAUAUAUUAUUUUGAGUAGAAGAAAACAUAUUUAACAGAGCAGGGAAGUUCAUGAAACAUUAAUUUAUUUUCUUUCACAAUCUCUCCAUUCAUAGUAUGUUUGCAUAUGACUGGACUAGUGAAAAUGACUUUUAUACCUCCCCUUUUUCGAAGUUACUGUGUUUGUACAUGUAUUUAGAAAAAACUCGAUUGUGGUAGAAAAUAUUAAUAAAAAGCCUUACAACAA